UUUCUACUUUUAGACCAAUGAGAAAUCGUCUUUCAGACCCAUCCAAUCAGGGCCUGUGCUUCUUUUAAGCAUCCAAUUGUAAAAAAUCAUAAGGUGGAGUUUCUUCUUAUAUAAACCAGGGUGAGGAAAGUCAUCUGUUCAUUUUCAAUCCACACUUCUUACUGAAAUUCUAACUCUACAAAGCUCCAAGAUGACUACAAUGUGUGAAUACAAAAAGAUGUUCGAAAAUACCAUACUGAAAUAUCCAGAAGAAAAUGUUUAUAUUGUUGACAUUCAAGGAUUUCAAAGAAUUGCUGUGGAUACUUUUAUUUUCAAGGAAAUUAGUUUCCUCAACGUAAAAAAAAACAGCUUUACCAACUGCUUACCUCUUCAAGUCUCCUAUGCCGUGGGAAGAACUUACCGAGGAAGAAAAAUGUAUGAUUCAUUGGCUAGAAAAAAGUUACCAUGGAAUCGAAUGGAAUUCUGGUGACAUUCCAUACCAUCGACUUCAACAAGUCUUACAAAUCUUUACGCGAGGUGUUAAAAAAAUAUUCGUUAAAGGAGAACAGAAAGCACUGUGGUUAAAAAAUUAUUUGCCGAAUACUCUAAUAUCCAAUGUCGAAGAUCUCGGAUGCCCUCCACUGGAGAACAUAAAAAGUAAUAAAAAUUACUUUUGCUUGCACCAUCAACUUUCUAUUAGAAGAAAACCAGCAUGUGCCGUCCAUAAUGCUCUUUCAAUAAGAGCAUGGUUAUUAAAUUAUUUGUCUGGAAAAUUUAGUCAAGACGAAGUUGAUUAA